UCGCGAAUUGUUAGGUCCAAAUUAUUCUACCUUUAUUAAUGUUACUGAACUUGGUUCUUAUUUACAAAAACCAGGAUUUAUUCGCUUCACGGAAAUAUUUAGUUUAGGAACAGUAGGAGAAACUAGAAGUGAAUGGUUUAAAGAAAAAUUAUUGGAAGGAGUAUUUUUACAUGAAAAGCCUGGUGAAAAUUACCAAAAGAAAUUGAGCGAGGCUUUCAACACUGCUUCGGUGGGUGGAAUUAUUCGAAAAGGUAAUAAAUUUACUUGGUUGAUGGAUCACAUCUGUAAUAAAUUUGGAAUAUUGAAUACACAAGAUAGUGGUAAUUAUGGAAAUACUACCAAAAUUACCAUUGGACUUCAUGGGCAUAAUAUUUAUGAAAAUAAAUCACCAAAUCCGGGCAAUGUUCCGCCAGCGGGAACUUUACCAGUAAAUCCAUUGGGCGGAGCGAGAGAAACCCUUAAUCCAACCGGACUUCAAGGAACUGUUCCUCCUGGUAGCAAUGCCGAAAUAAUCUUUACUCCUCCUACCGACGGAGGUUUAGGAGAAAUAGAUGUCAAUAUUGAAGAAGAAACUCAAACUGAGCCACCGGAAGUUCAACAACAAAUAGAAGAAGAAAUUCAAGAGCAAACUCAAAUCGACACCCAAGAUGAAGUGGAUGUCCAAACUGGUGAGGAAACAGAAGGUUCAUCAUCAAAAUCUCAGUAA